UCACACACAAAUUAGUUUCGUGUAAGUCGCACUCAAUGAAGCCAACAAUGAUACAGUGGAUUUUAUUUUUUGCUACUUUGGUCCUAGCUACCAAUGCACAAAUCCAUCCGGAUAUAAUAGAGGAUGCACAUUUGGAUGCGCUGGGAUUACUGCGCAAAUAUGGUUAUCCUGCGGAAGAACAUAUAAUUGAGACCGAUGAUGGGUACUUGUUGGGACUACAUCGCUGUCCAGGAAGUCCAAUGUCUCCUCCGGCGGUAGGGAAACCAGUGGUUCUAUUGCAACACGGAAUGUUGAGCUCUUCAGCUGAUUACAUCUUGAUGGGUCCGCAAACUAGUCUGGUUUAUAUGCUGGCCGAUGCAGGAUAUGACGUAUGGCUAGGUAACGCACGCGGCAAUCGCUACUCAAAUCGUCAUCGUUCAAGGAACAACGAAACCCAACAAUUCUGGGACUUUUCCUGGCACGAAGUAGGCAGCAUAGAUAUUCCCAACAUGAUAGAUUACAUUUUGGCACUGACCGGUCAUUCAGAGCUGCAAUACGUUGGUCACUCGCAAGGAACCACAGCCUUCUGGGUGAUGAUGUCUGAGCAUCCUUACUAUAAUAGAAGAGUGAAGAGUGCCCAUCUGCUUGCUCCAGCAGCCUACAUGCAUCACACCCGUAGUCCGUACGUUAUAUUCCUUGCCACCUACCUGCACACUACCGAAUUAAUGUUGCAGAUGAUGGGCACUUGGUUUUUCGCUCCUACCGAUGAAAUGAACAUCCAAGGCGGACUCCAGAACUGUCACGAUGGGGCACCUUUCCAACAAAUGUGUACGAUCAACACUUUCCUUAUCGCCGGAUUCAACUCUCAGGAAGUGAACUUUACAAUGCUACCAGUGAUCCAUGCUCAUUCGCCAGCUGGUGCAUCUACAAUGCAGAUGAUUCACCAUGCGCAAACCAUUCGUUCACGUAUCUUCCGUCAAUACGAUCAUGGAGCAACAGUAAACAUGAUACGUUAUGGUUCACUUGUGCCACCCCGAUACAACUUUGACAAUGUUCAGGCGCCAACAUUGUUGUAUCACAGUACAAACGACUGGUUGGCAGCACCGGAGGACGUGCAAUUGCUGCGCCAAGAAUUACCGAACGUACACAAGCAGUAUCUGGUGCGACAACGUGAGUUCAACCACAUGGACUUCAUCUGGGCAAUUAAUGUGCGAUCUUUGCUCUAUGACGAGCUACUUUCGGAUCUUCGAGCUUAUGCUUAGUACAUUAGAAUGUUUAUUUAAAACGUAUGUUCUUCUUUUGCUCUAAAUUGAAACGAUUCGUUUCUUUUUUGCAAGAAGCCUAAGAUUUUUUAAGUGAUUUCAUUAGUUUCAGUACGCCAGUUUUAAGAAAGAUUUAUAUUCCAAAUCCGUUUCAUCACUCUAAACAAUGCCAUUCUGAUUGGGAAUCUAAUCGUUUUAACCCAAAAAAAUUCCAAUAAAUAAUUACACGUACAUUGGUCUCCCGCAGUGAUGACGAACAAAGUCAUGUUGUAAAGAUUAAGAUCAACAUUAAUCCAACUUAUGGUGUCAUUUAUGCUAUCUUUUACAAGAAAAAAAAUUUGGUCAAAUAA